AUCGAUUUCCGUAUCGGUAUCGCCCAUUCCUAUAUGACUUGCAGUUUGCGGACAGCACUCGUGAAAAAUGUGAAAAAUUGCGUUGCUCCCCAUAAAUAUUUUUGAAUUUCACUGGAUUUUUAUUCUGAAGAUAUAGAGCAUACAUAUUUGAUCAAAAUGGGCGUCGUCGGUCUGGUUACAUUUCUCACGCGGAUUGGAGGCUGUCGUGGAGUGAACAUUCUGGACGAAAUUCACAAAUGCGGCAAGAAGGAGCCACUGAUAGUGAUCGAUCUGCUGACGUUGAUCUGUUCGUUGAGUGGUCCAAUGGAUGAGCAGAUCUACGGCUGUCGGAAUCAGUUCGCCUGGACGUACGCCACUCAGUUUUGCGACAAAAUGAUCGACGCCGGUGCUCGGUUGGUGUUUUUCAUCGAUGGUAAACUGCAGGAGGGUAAGUACAAACACUGGAUUCAGCGACAGGAGAAGGUCUAUGCGGAGUGCUUGAAGAAGCUGGAGACUAUUCCGACGGAGUUUCGGGGUAAGAACCGCGGCAAUAUCCAGGGUAAUGUGGUGAAACAUGCAUUCAUUUCGGCGCUGGUGGCUGCAGCUCGGAAGAAAGGAGUACUGAUUACGUCGUACGAUGCGGAGUGCGACAGGGAAUUGGCAGCGUUUGCGCGGAAACAUGACGCGCUGGCGAUAAUAACGGGGGAUUCCGACUUUCUGAUAUACGAAGGAAAUUUUAGGAUUUGGUCUAGUUCGGAUCUGAAUUUGGAGAUCAUGCGAACGUACGAGUGGAACAAGGAAGAGCUGCGAAGAUGCCUUAAGCUCGAGUGGAGCCACAUGCCGUUCUUUGCUGUUGUGGCCGGGAAUGACCACUUCAGACAUAGGCCGUCCGGAAUUUGCACAUUCUACAACGUGGCGCAAAAGGUUCGGGAGCUGAAUUUGAGAUACGGUUACACAAAGAUUACAAUCGAACUGUACGAGAAGAUAUUCCGCCGGCGGGAUGAAAACUAUAAAAAGAGUUUCGAAGAUGCCCUCAAAUUGUAUGACACAGAUUACAUCGUUCGAAAGCCGCUUAUACCGUCGGAGAUGCGCCACUAUCCCAAUUACGCCUUGUGCAUAAUCCGAGGAAUUCCGGGGACAAUUCGUCUGCCCUGCCUGGAUCUUCGUGAAGCGGAGUAUUCGCAGAUUGCACUACAGCUCCAUCGUCGCCAGGUGGGUGCACUGUUCCGCCACCGCCCGGUAGUUUUUGGACAAACCCUGACCUCUCCGGUGUUCAUGAAACCAAAUCAUUACGACACCUACAAAAUUGUUGCAACGACUCCGAUCACUCCGCCGCUGGCGGUGAAAGUUCCCCUACCGGAGGAGCUGUAUUCGCUCGACCCGCAGGUGUCUAAGCAUCUUGAAGAGAUCAAGUAUCGGCUUCUCACCUGGCUCGUGUCAGAUACGCUUACUUUCGAAGAAGUAUGCCACAUCAAUCCCAAGUAUCUGAUGGACGUGUUCACUUUGUAUUUUUUGGUUGAGAAAAACCUACUGGACAUUACCACCGCCGACAUCAUCCUGAUAACCAUUGAUGACUGCAUCAAGAAUCUCAUCCCGCGCCAAAUUCCACUGCAGCCACCGCGCAGAACAAACGCCCGGACCUGUUUCAUUUACACCAACUUUUACGCGGUGAUGUAUUUCUGUGCCGAGACGGCCGGCAUGCGGCAGCAGCUGGACAGUACGUUCCUGUGCAAGUUUGACGGGGUGUAUUUUAAUCUGAUCGUGGACCACCUGCGGUACGAUGCAUCCUUGCUGGCGUCAAAACUGGAGGCUAUCCAGUCAUACCGGGUGUAUUCCAAGCUAGCCCAAAAUCGGGUGAAGGCUGAGACAGGGGCCGGUAGCUCGGAUACGAGUACGACCUUGAAGGCGGAACCGGACUGGGAACUGAAACCCAACGCGUAUGGAGAAUUACCGAGGAAGAUGAGUCGGUGGAAUUGAACUUUACCUUGGACUGUUGAAUUUCUUUGAAUUAUUCGUUGACAUGGAAUUGAAUUUUUAAUAUUUUAGGAUUUCGAUAUGCUGAAUAUAGCAUAUUUACUAGCUUCAAUUGAGGCGGACAAUAUUAAA